CACAGGUCUUUAUUCUCUGAAGUGAGUACUCAGAGCCACCAGGUAGGAGCUGUGUCGACUACCAAUUUUUCCCUUUUUCCCAGUGAUGCCUGGGAAGAUGGCCCUGUGGAUCUCCAGAGGCCUCUGGACAUCAGCUGUGAUGAUGAUCUUGGUGGUGCUGAGUGUCCCAGUGGCUGAGGGCAGAGACUCUCCACAGGAUUUCGUGUUCCAGUUUAAGGGCGAGUGCUACUUCACCAACGGGACGGAGCGGGUGCGAGGCGUGACCAGAUAUAUCUAUAACCGGGAGGAGUACGUGCUCUUCGACAGCGACGUGGGGGAGUACCUGGCGGUGACCGAGCUGGGACGGCCGAGCGCUGAGUACUGGAACAGCCAGAAGGACAUCGUGGAGCGGACGCAGGCCGAGGUGGACACGGUGUGUAGACACAACUAUAAGAUUGAGGAGAGGACGACCUUGCAGCGGCAAGUGGAACCUGCAGUGACCAUCUCCCCAUCCUGGACGGAGGUUCUGAACCACCACAACAUGCUGCUCUGCUCAGUGACAGAUUUCUACCCAGGCCAGAUCAAAGUUCGGUGGUUUAAGAAUGACCAGGAGGAGAAAGCUGGUGUGGUGUCCACUCCACUUAUUAGGAAUGGGGACUGGACCUUCCAGAUCCUUGUGAUGCUGGAAAUGACUCCCCAGCGAGGAGAUGUCUACACCUGCCAUGUGGAGCACCCCAGCCUCCAGAGCCCCAUCACAGUGGAGUGGCGGGCACAGUCGGAAUCUGCCCAGAGCAAAACGCUGAGUGGCAUCGGAGGCUUUGUGCUGGGGCUGAUCUUCCUCGGUCUGGGCCUUAUCGUCCGUCACAGGAGCCAGAAAGGACCUCGUGGGUCUUCGCCAACAGGUACUAGUUCUGCUCUUAUUCGGUGGGGGUGUGGGCACCGGUGAAAAAAGGCAGAGCAUGAGGUGAGUGCGCUCAGUUCAUGGCCUCGUCCCUGCUACAGAGAUCAAGAGUUAGGGAGAAGUUUGCCCAGUUUCUGUAGGCAGACCCAGAGUUGUUCCAGAACCAGGCCACAACAUUGGUGGCGUCUUUCUGUGAAACGCGGAACCAGAGCUACGUCUUGGGUGUUAGACACCAGGAUGAUGCCCAUGUUGUGUUUCAUGUUGGCAGCUACUGCCUGUGAGAGUUUAUAAAUGAAAGGCUACUAGUGGUGGAAAGAAGGUGAGUUAUCAUUACAUUUAGUAAAACUUAAUAUCCCCUGAAAGGAUAACAGCUACUUCAUAGCCUCCCACACAUCUGUGUGCAGCUGGAGUGCCCUGUUCUCAUGAGUUAAUAAUACCUUUCUAGAGAUAUUCGGGGAGGUGAUGACAGUAUGCCCUGGACCCCACCUUUCUCUGAUGCUGCAGUGGACGUGAGAAGUGGGUAGAGGGCAUGUCCCUCAGGGUCCCCUGUGCUGAUUACCCUCUUUUCUACAGGGCUCCUGCACUGACAUCAGAGGAUACCUGGGAUUCCGCCUUCUGUGUUGUCCGCCUGUCCUUGCCCAGAAUUCCCAGCUGCCUGACACCCUGUCCCCCACAUGGAUCAGAGUCCUACAGUGCCUCUGACAGAGUCACCAGGUCACCUCCUGUGACCCCUGCCCCGAGGAUCUGACUGUGGUGCUGCUUCCUGCACUGACCCCGGAGUCUCUGCCUGUGAGCUCCCUGCCAGC